CUCCCCGCCGGUCAUUCACUAUGAUGCGCGCCUGGCUGAAGGAGGUUCCCACCGCCCGGUCCCCUCUGCGAGCCUAGAACCUUCUAAUGAAAUCCACAAACACUUUUUGACAAACAUCAUUUUCUCUCUCUCUCUCUCUCUCUCUCUCUCUCUCUGUCUCUCUCUCCUCAAGAGAUUUUUUCCCCCCCACCACAUUUUAAUCUGCGUUUUUAUUGAAAAAGAAAAAAACAUCAGAAGAUGGAGCCCAGUUCCACAGAGGGAGGAGCUGAAGAGACGCUCCUUAAAAAUCAUCCACCAAGUCCUCCCCACAAAGUGAUGCUCAAACAUGGCCAGGAGCUGGAGGAAGAGCAGGAGGAGUUGGCCGAGCACCAGCCUCUAGAGCAAGAAGACCUGAACUUUGAGAGAUGGAAGCGCAGGCCGCUACCCAAGAGGACGCUCCACCAGAAGAUAGACGACGUGAAGACGUACCUGUGGAACGCAGAGACCAACGAAUUCAUGGGCCGCUCUGGAAAGAGCUGGAGCCUCAUCCUCCUCUUCUACGCUGCACUUUAUCUGUUUCUUGCAGCCAUGUUUGGCGGCUGCAUGUUUUGCCUCAUGUGGUCUAUUAGUCCCUACCAUCCAACCCUCAACGACAGAGUGAUGCCACCAGGUAUGACGAUGGCCCCGCAUCUCGAAGGCCAAGACAUCGCCUUCAACGCCUCUGAUCGCAAGUCCUGGAAGAAGUACGCCAGGUCGAUGGAUGAAUAUUUACGACCGUACAAUGAUGGCACUCAGGAGAAGAGGAAUAUUCGCUGCACUCAGGACAGAUACUUCAUGCAGGACGACUUGGAGGAGAGUGCAGAGCGGAAGGCCUGUCAGUUCAAGAGGUCCUGGCUGGGGGACUGUUCGGGGAUGCAGGACCCCCACUAUGGCUACUCUCAGGGAAGGCCAUGCGUCCUCCUUCGAAUGAACCGGAUUCUCGGUUACUUGCCUGGCCAGGGUAAACCAGUAAAUGUGACCUGUGGAGUAAAGAAAGGACCACCCGAAGCCGUGGGAGAACUCCAGUUUUUCCCUAAAAGCAUUUUUGACUUGAAGUACUACCCGUACUAUGGGAAGCAGAGACAUGUAAACUACUCCUCCCCGGUGGUGGCUGUGCGUUUCGCAGGGGUGCAGUACGACACCCACAUCCAAGUACAAUGCAAGCUGAAUGGAGAGGGCAUCAUCAACAACUCACCCACUGACCGCUAUCAGGGGAGUGUGACCUUCUCCUUGGAGGUCGGAGCUUAAGGCAAACACAUCGCUGCAAGAAGGAUGUUCCUGUGACAAUGAGGCUGGAAAAUGUACAAGGAAAAAAAAAAUUACGUCCAACCACUAUUUUUCCAUGAAAUAUGUAAUUUCCCUCUUCUCAUCUUUCACUUAAAAGAUCCAUGUCUUCUGCUGUGAAACAAAUUUCUCAAGAAGUAGGUUUUUACUCUUCGUCUUUCUGUUGCGUCUUUGUGCCUUGAGCGUGACACUGGCACCCGCACCCACAACAAACGUUGAGUGAGUUACAAUUCAGUUCCUGAUAUUUUUGUAAUGAUUAGCGAGAUUAAUCAAACUAAAUCACAACCAUGCCCACUAGUUAGCAUUUCUGGCUAUGCAAAUCCAAUUAUGACUUAAAAUUUGAAUAGGUGAUUAGAAAUAUUGUUUUGUCCGGUUAGAUUACGGUUUUGUGUGCACAUCUUGUGCGACAACGUGUACUAAUUUGUUUGCUUUAUAUUUUUCAAACAUGUAUAUUGUAAGAAUUCAAAGAAGUAUCAUGCAAACACUGAAAGCAGGACUUGUACUGUACUUACACAGUAAAAAAAAGACAUAAUGACUGCAAAUACACUCUUAGUAUAUUUUUGUUGAAUAGAGCAGAAGUAUACAUUUAUGAUAAAGUAUCGCUUCUUGCUUUUUUUGUAAAAACAUGAAAAUGGAAUACUACACAAGACUGAUCAAUAAAGAGAAUACUGUACUGUGAAAUAGUUUAUGAAAGGUCUAUAUCGUUUUGAAAUUUAUAACUUUUGUGGUAGUAUUAAUCCUGCCUGAACAGUACUACUUAACCUAUAUAAAUGUUGUAUUUAUUCCUAUUAUAGUUCUUAUAAUAAAUACAAUGGUCUGGUA